UCCCGUAAAAAAAUCGGUGGUGUAUCCUUCUUGGAAGGAUAAUAUGCAUGCAUGCUAAUCAAUGGACAAAGAAAAUACGGAAAUCUGCUGGAAAAUACUUCGCGAAAAAGAGCUUUAUUAAUAACUUAUAUUAUUUUAAUGUUAUUUAUUGUUGGAUUUUCUCUGGUUCGCUCACCCUUUGCGGUUGUCAUGUAGCGAUAGGCCGCAUUGGAUCGGAUUGUGUUGCUGGGGAGGAGACCUUUCAGCCAGCUAGCUACUAACGUUAGAUUUCGCUGCUGAUAUUGCACGGUGAAAUCGAGACAGUUUUAUUUAUUUUUCUUUGGAGGUUUUCGCUAUUUUUCAAAGCUGGAUUGUGGAUCCCUUGCGGUUUUGAAGGAUGGACGUGGACGUGUGUGCUGGCGGGGACAGCACCCGAAGGAAGAUGGAUUCUGGAGGCGAUGGGGCACUGGAGGUUGUACCUUUGGAGCUCUAUGACUCAGCCAGGGCGAAAAUUGAUGCAAAUCUACGAUGGCUGUUCGCCAAAGCAUACGGUAUAGACCACAUCCCGGACGACCUGCGGGACCCCUUCUACACGGACCAGUACGAGCAGGAGCACAUCAAGCCCCCGGUGAUCCGGCUGCUGCUGUCGGGGGAGCUGUACUGCCGCGUGUGCGGCCUGAUCCUGAAGGGGGACCAGGUGGCCUCGCUGCAGUCCCACCAGUCCGUCAUCCAGGCCCUGUCCCGCAAGGGCAUCUACGUCAUGGAGAGCGACGACACCCCCGUCUCCGACGCAGACCUCGGCUGCGUGCCCAUCAAGAUGAGUGCCCACAUGCCCAUGAUCGACGCCCUGAUGAUGGCCUACACGGUGGAGAUGAUCAGCAUCGAGAAGGUGGUGGCCAGCGUUAAGCGCUUCUCCACCUUCAGCGCCUCCAAGGAGCUGCCCUUUGACCUGGAGGACGCCAUGGUGUUCUGGGUCAACAAGGUGAACCUGAAGAUGAGGGAGAUCGCUGAGAAAGAGCACAAGGUCAAGCAGCACCUGCUGGAGUCUCCCAGCCACCAGAAGCCCGAUCUCAUGCACGCACUGGCCCACUGCAUGCUGGAGCCGGCCGAGUUCUCCCGCGUGGUGCGCUAUCGCAGGGACCACCUCUCCGGCCGACAGAUGCCCUUCUUCCCCCUGAUGGAGGAUCUGAUGAAGGACGUGUGCGACGGCUCCGCCCUGCUGGCCGUGGUGCACUACUACUGCCCCGAGCACAUGAAGCUUGACGAUAUUUGCCUGAAGGAAGUAGCCUCGAUAGCUGACAGUCUGUACAACAUCCAGCUCCUGAAGGAGUUUGCCAACGAGUAUCUGAAUAAGAGCUUCUACCUGACCACUGAAGAUAUGUUGUAUGCUCCACUCGUGCUCAAGCACAACAUGAUGGUCUUCAUUGCUGAGCUGUUCUGGUGGUUUGAGAUAGUCAAACCUGACUUUGUCCAGCCCAGAGACCUCCAAGAAAUCAAAGACGCGAGAGCAGUGCUUCAGUCUAAAAGUGCCCGCCCCCCUGUGCCCAUCUCCAACGCUACCAAGCGCAGCUUUCUCGGCACACCUGGCUCGACCGACCCGGUGGUGUCUGUCCAAAACCCAGAAGUCUGUAACAGGUACUACCUGCACCCUGAAGAGUCUGACCCUCUUAAUAAAGGAAGUCCCGCCCUCGGCCCCUCCCAUCCAUUGCUACCGCUCAGACAGAGACAACAGAAAUCCCUGCAAGGAGAAGAGAGCUCUGGCCAGAGAAACCGCUCAAACUCCCUGACGAAAGUGGACGGUCAGCCCCAGGGCUCAGUGGUGGCCUGGCCGGAGAGGAAGCAGAGACCGCUGUCCCAGCCCACGCCCCACGGCCUCCACUGUGCCACCGACUGCGACGCCGACCUGGCCUCCGGAGACAGCGUCAGCUUGGCCCGCUCCAUCAGCAAGGACAGCCUGGCCUCCAACGUGGUGAGCGUCACCCCCAAACACCAGCUGGGCGGCCCAGGGCCCCCACCGGGCCCCCGUCGGGUCAAUGGCCAGACCCUUCUGGGGCACGUGAAAAUGGAGGACGAGGAAGAGGAGGAGCUGGUUGCCAUGAUGAAGCUGGAGGAAGGGGCAGAGAGCGUCCGUCUCCCUGAGCAAGACCUGGAGCUCCAGAGCGUCUCCUCUCGAGCCACGACCGCACGCUCCCCCCAGAGGAGGCCAGAGGAGCCGCCCGGCGAGCCCCAGCCUGAUAGCUUUUACCUAGAACCGCUGAUGCCUGCCGUCUUAAAGCCGGCCAAGGAGAAGUCUGUAAACCCCAACAAAGAGGAGGAGUGCGGGGAGGGGAGGGCGAGGGGUUCGUACCGGCGGGUCGGCGAGGGACCCCUGCCCUCCAGGAGGAGACCCCCCGCCGCCGAUCCCGACCUCAACCGGACCUUCACCCCCAUCGGCGGCGCCGAGUUCCCCGACGCAGCGAGGCCCCCCGCGGAGGGCGGCCCGAGCGGCUUCUGUCCGGCGGUCGCGAGCAGCGGCGAGUCCCCGGCCCCCUGCGGCUUCUUCCUGCACGCCUCCGACCCCGAGGACAAGGCCCCGCUCGCCGGCACCGUCAGGAGCAGCCCCUUCUCCGCCGCCCCCGCCGCCCCGCCCGCCUGGGACAUCGGGAAGGACUCGGACUCGGAGGUGGCCGACAUGGACUCGGAGGAGCUGGACGAGGAGCCGGCGCACCCCGUCCGGCGGAAGUGCUUCGAGGAGGAAGAGGAGGAGUCGGCGAAGCUGCGGGAGGACAUGAAGGUGCGGGAGCACGAGGACAAGGAGGGGGCGAGCGGCCGGUCCAGCCCCUGCCUCAGCACCAUCUCCCAGGCCAGCAGCACGGCCAGCGGCAGCGUGCGCAUGACCAGCUUCGCCGAGCGGCGGCUGCACAAGGGCGGCCACGACACGCGCUCCAGCUCCAGCAGCUCGCAGAAGACCACGCCCGACGGCUCCGAGUGCGGCCCCCUGCCCCUCACCUCCUGGAAGCUGCGGCGGGAGCAGAGCCCCACGGGGCAGGGCAAGGACGGCGCCAACGUGCUGGCCUCCGAGCUGGUGCAGCUGCACAUGCAGCUGGAGGAGAAGAGGCGCGCCAUCGAGACGCAGAAGAAGAAGAUGGAGUCGCUGUCCGCCCGCCAGAGGCUCAAGCUGGGCAAGGCGGCCUUCCUCAACAUCGUCAAGAAAGGGAAGAGCGACACUCUCCCCCAGCCUCUGAAGUCCGAGUACUACCGAGAGGAACAGAAGCUCAACGGGGGGAAGGAGAUGUCCAAGGACGACUCGUGCAUGGACGGGUUGAGGGGGGUGGCCAAAGAGGGGCAGGAGGGAAAAGCCACCGUGCGGUGGGCCAGGGAGUCCCCGACCUCCCCAGGCACCCUGGAGGGGGACAACAAGCUGAACGGCACCCUGCCGCUGGACGACGGAGGGCCGGAACCCGACCUGAACGAGUGCAACCGCUCCAUCGAGAUGCUGAACGAGGCCAUCAGCACCAUCCAGCAGCAGAUGAUGCAGCUGUCCCUGCAGCAGGACCUGCUGAUGAAGCAGAACGUACAGUCUCCUCCCGGGGCCGCCCCCACGGCCGCAGGCACUGCCCCCAUCCCCGCCCCGGCCAACGGGAAGAGCAGCACCCCCGAGCCCAAGUUCCGGCCGGCCGUUCACUUCGUGGAGCCGCUCUCCACAGUCGGGGGCGGCGGGGUGGUGCGGCGACCCCCCAAGCUGAGCUCUGGGAGGGGACCCCGGUCCAAACCCAACGACCUCAAGCUACCCAAGGAGAACGGCAAGCAGGCCUCGCGGGUCAUCACGCCCACCCAGAGCGUGGAGACCCUUCCCCACCUGAGACAGUUCCCUGGGGGCCGGACCUCCAGGGAGGAGCAGGAGGAGGGUAGCAGCCCGGCAGGCCCGGGGCCCAGAGACGCGGCAAGCCCAAUGGACCGGGGCAGCUUGCGCCGCACCACCUUCCGGCUUCACGACGAGGCCAACCAGAGGACCGCACCCACGCCCAGAGAGGCCGUCUGCACCACGCCGGAGCGCCCUCCUGAGGAGUGCCUGUCCAGCACCCUGAAGGACGAGGAGCCGAGCGGCGUGGAGGGUCCCCCCGGCGAGGAGGUGUCCCGGGGCAAAGCCUCCCUGAUCGAGGUGGACCUGUCCGACCUGAAGGACCCGUCUGAGGAGGGCGGCUCUGAGGUCCAGGACGUGACCGGCGACGUCACCGACGGGGAUCAGAAGUCUGGGCUCGGGUUCUUUUUCAAGGACGAGCAGAAGGCGGAGGAUGAGUUGGCGAAGAAGCGAGCCGCCUUCCUCCUGAAGCAGCAGCGCAAGGCGGAGGAGGCGCGCCUGCGCAAGCAGCAGAUGGAGGUGGAGACCGAGCUCAAGCGGGACGAGGCCAGACGGAAGGCAGAGGAGGAUCGGAUCAGGAAGGAGGAGGAGAAGGCCCGGAGGGAGCUGAUCAAGCAGGAGUACCUGAGGCGGAAGCAGCAGGAGAUUAUCGAGGAGCAGGGCCUGACCAAGCCCAAGAGCAAACCCAAGAAGUCCCGGCCCAAGUCCGUUCACCGGGGCGAGUCCUCCAGCGACACCUACUCCAAGUGCUCCUCCACCCGACAGAGUCGCGGCACAGCGCUGUGGAUCAGGGGCCGUGGCCGGCAAGGCGUUGGGGGAGCAGACAAUCUGAGCAGCGCCCAGUCCGGCUCCAGCCUGUCCCUGGCUUCAGCCGCCACCACCGAGGCCGAGAGCGUCCACUCCGGAGGGGCAGGGUCCCAGCAGGCGGAGUCUGUGGAGUCGUUCCCGGGCCUGAGCCGGAAUGCCAGCAGGAACACGGAGAGGGACUGGGACAACGGCUCCACCGCGUCUUCCAUCACGUCCGUGGCAGAAUACAGCGGGCCAAAACUGUUCAAGGAACCUAGCGCCAAAUCUAACAAGCCGAUUAUCCACAACGCCAUCGCUCAUUGCUGUCUUGCUGGCAAGGUCAAUGAACCACAGAAGAAUUCCAUCCUGGAGGAGCUGGAGAAGUGCGAGUCGAACCACCUGAUGAUUCUGUUCCGGGAUGGCGGCUGUCAGUUCCGAGCCCUCUACUCAUACUUCCCCGACACUGAGGAGAUCCACAAGCUCACCGGCACCGGGCCCAAGAGCAUCAGCAAGAAGAUGAUCGACAAACUCUACAAGUACAGCUCAGACCGCAAGCAGUUCACCGUCAUCCCGGCCAAAACGGUGUCGGUCAGCGUGGACGCACUCACCAUUCACAAUCAGCUGUGGCAGGUGAAGAGACCCACCGUGCCAAAGAAGAGCGUGAAGUGAGACUGACCACGGGUGUGAGAGGGAGUCUCUCGCUCUCUCUCUGGAGCACACACCCAGGCACACAUACGCACACACACCCACACGCGCGCACACACACACGCACGCACGCACGCACACAAACACGCACACACACGCAAAGACACACACACGGGCACAUACACAUAAACACACACUCACUCACACACACACACACACACACACAUCAAUACACACACUUGUCCUGGACAGGUUUCAUUAAUUUCCGGAGUCCUCACUAGAAUGGUGACACCAUACACUACUUGGCUGAUUCGACAUGACUGAAAUGGGACAAGAGUGAGCCAGAAUUGAAGAAUUCUGGGUAAUGACAGACUUCUGUGGAAGUGGACAUUGUUAAUGCUGAUGAACAGAGGAAGCGGCGAUCUUAAUGCAGUCUGUCAGGGCUGGUUUUGUGUUUUUUUUUGUUUUUUUAAAGAGGCCUCUGCAUGUGGUGCUUUUUCCUAACCGGUGGAUUUCUUUUUACUUGAAGUAUUUAUUGGUUUGCACCAGUCGUGCUGCUCCUUGCAGCUGAGCCGCCCCCCCCCCCCCCCAGAAGGACAAACAAAAAUGCGGACAAAUAUUUCCUGAGGAGGGCGCUGUAAUCCCCCACAUGGACCGGGACCAUGUCCGAGCUGGCAGGCUUUACCCGGCACCACUACAAUCCGACCUGCGAACCGCAAUGCAAUUCAUCACCCGCAUCCUGCCCAGCUCCUCUCCCAAAAGCUCUCGGAAAACAUGCUGCUCAGAACUGUUUUUAACUGUUUUACCAAGACGGCCCCAGCCCCUGUUUAGGCCAUCAUGCGUCGUGGUACUGUUGUCUAUUUAUUCAACGCUUUUACCCGCUGCAGCGAGGGAAGUUUUAAUAUUCUUUCUCUGUGAAUCUUUUUUUUUAAGGUACGAAAGGGAUAUAAAAAAAAAAGGACCGGUACACGCGUCGGUUGCUUUUUCCUCUUUAGUUUGUGUGGUAUAAAGACUAAAGCAGGCGUUACGUGUGCAUAACAUAAAUCCAACGUUGUUAGAGCUAGCGAUGUUUCUGCACUGGGCACAAUCGUCCUCUGAGAAAGUGCACUCACAGUCAUGUUUUUUUUCUUUUUUUCUCGCUUUUAUCAUGCAGUAUAACCAAUGUUGGCUAUCAAGCUUUUCCUGUCUUCUGUUAUGAAAAGUUUGUCGCUUUCAUUUUUCCCCCCUGGGUGACAGUAUUUAAUAUAUUCAUAAACGGCUCUGGAUUGUUGCGUAAUUAUUUGGAAUGUGCAAGCGCUAGAUCCGUAGAAAAGUGACUCUCAUAGUCUCAUGAUCAAAAUAAUGACGUGUUGCACAAAGUACCUUGCUUGCUAAUGAAGGUAGUCUUGAGGGUAUAAACAUAGUCACUACAUUGGUUCCAAAUGACACUUGAAAUGAAACGGUUUUACCUUUACCAUCACUACCAAAAACGACCAUGGAUUAAUACGAAGGUAACACUAUAAAUAAAGCAAGCUAAAGGUCUUCCAUUGCUACUGCUGUACUGAUCUCGUGUUUUCAGACCAGGCUUUAGAAUACUUGAUGAUAUAAUUUGCUGCAUCUUGUAUAUAUGUUUUCAACAGCUGUUUUGUAUAUAACGUAUGUUUUAUGUUUACUAAAAGAUUGGUAUUAAUAUUGAUCUCACUAGGGUUUUUUUUUUUUUUUCAACUUUCAAAUACCAUGCUUUCCAUGCUUGAGCCUUUUCUUUUUCUUUGAUAUUAUACCAUAUAUUUAUUUUAAAGAGAAGCACUGAAAUUUAAUAAAUAUUACAAGUAAAAAAUUUAAUUGUUUCCAUACUUUUUUCUCAUGUCAUUUUUAGUUGCGUUUGAAGUUUCCUUUGCAACAUCCCUUAAUUUAAGCCACAUUUUCAGUUCCUUUUUUUGCUGCAGCCCACUUCAUUAAAAAUAUACUUUCAUUAAACCAUUAACCAUGAACUUAAACUCAACAAAGAAAAUAUGCCAUUUUACUUCUAUUCAUCAUUUAUGCCACAUGAACCAUAACUUUGUAUCACCUACUGCAAACAAUAAAUACAUUCUUAAUGCGUAA